AUAGCGACAUGAUGAAGGGAAGUUUUCAGUAGCAACCGAGUCAUUGAACGGAAAGAAGUCCCACACAAAGACAGAAACAUGUCAUGUGUGCUUGAUGAGACUGCUGCAGACGUUCCAGUCAGAGACAUGACCGCCAAACUGACCAGACUCACUGCUGCUCCACAAGAUCCACUGAUGUAUCAGAAUGUUAGGACGCUACAGGACAUCUCCAAGGUGUCCAGGGAGGAGCUGGAGGACCGGUUCCUGCGUCUCCACGAGGAGACGCUGGAGCUUAAACAGCAUGUCCACAAACAGGACGACAAGAUCAGGAAGUUGGGCACGAAGCUGAUGCGGCUGGUGAAGGACCGGGGACGGAUGGAGCAGCUGGCUGCAGGAGGAGUCCAGCCCCCCUCUAGACUCCGAGACGUAGAGAUGGAGGAGAUGAUGGAGGAGCUCCAGGAGAAAGUCAGGGGACUGCAGGUGGAGAACGGGGGGCUGAAACAACGCCUUCUGGUGGCCAAGCAGCAGCUCCUCAGCUCGCAGGGCCAUAGGCCGUCGCCGUAUGGACACGUCCUGCCCCGGGUCAAUUCAGGGGUGAAGAAGUUCAGAGACAACAUGUCCUCUCCAUCUCAAAUGCGUCCCAGAAGUCUGAGGAGUCUGGACGAAGCUGGAAGACCUCCGACAGGUCUGCUGCCUCGAUAUGGACACAGUUUGCUGGAGGAAGCCAGGGCCGAGAUCCGGAACCUAGAAAACGAAGUGGAAUCUCUCCAGAGACGAAUGGAGGAGAUGGAAGGAGCGUCAGAGCAGCUGAGGGAGGAGCUAAGGAGGAAGGAGGCGGAGCAUGAGAAGCACCUCCAGCAGCACACAUCAACUCUCAGGUCACACGUCAGCAGCAACAUGUCGAUGAUCAAGCUGCAGAAACAGCUGGAUGACAGGUCCAACUCUGUGACGGAGCUGGAGGGACGGUUCCUGCAGCUGCAGGAGGCUCAGAGGACUCUGAAGGUGAGUCAUGACGCUGCAAUGGAGAAGGUGGAUGAGCUGUCAGCUCAGCUGAAGGACGAGCGGCUGAAGAGUCUGGAGCUGAACAAACAGCUGCAGACCAGGAGCCUCAGCAAGAUCCAUGUGGAGCAGCUGCAGCAACAGAUCAGUGAGCUGGAGCAGGAGAGAGAGCAGCUGAAGGAGGACAAUAAAAAACUGCUGAACAGCGCCUUCGAUGUUUCUCAGCAGCAGAAGUGGAAGCUUCAGGAGCAGCAACUAAAGUUACAGAUCGCUCAGCUGGAGACGGCGCUGAAUGCCGACCUCGCCGACAAAAACGAAAUCCUGGACAAGAUCAAAGCUGAGAGGGACAAAAAUGAGCAGAUGACAAAAGAAAAUCAGAGACUUCACAUUCAGUUUCUGGAACAGAAGCAACAAGUGGAGGAACUGAAGACCCGCCUGGAGUUCUACAGCAGAGAGAACGAUUAUAGCGUGGCUGAGCUCACCGAGGCGCUGCUGCUCAUCAAAAAACGUAAAUCCCAGAAGAACGGAGAUCUGGGCUUCCUGUCAGAGGUGGAGGAGAGCAGCAGCACAGAGAGCUCCAUCAUGGAGCUGCGAGCUGCUCACGCUGAAACCAUCCAGGAGCUGGAGAAGACCCGGAACCUCCUGAACCUGGAGAGCCGCAUCAGCAAAGACCACAAGGCGGAGCUGGACGUCGUGGUUCAGAGGAUGAACAGCAGCAGAACCGAGUAUGAGCAGAAACUGGCCUGUCAGGCUCAGCUGCUGGAGUCCAGGGCAGCAAAGAUCACCAAACUGGAAGCUCAGCUCAGAGACAUUGCUUAUGGCACCAAGACCUACGUCUUCAGACCAGAACUCCCAGGCAACAUCGAGGAGGACGAGUCUGAUGAAACUCUUCACCUGGAAAGUGGAGAAAACUUCCUGGAGCUCCAGAUCGUGGGUGCCACACUGACUCCGCCUGCCCUGCAGACGCUGGGCGAUGCAGAUCCCUCCACUUUCUGCACCUACUCCUUCUAUCUGUUCGAGCUGCACGCCACUCCGGUGGCAACGGGUUGCCGUCCCAAAUAUGGUUACACCUCCAGGUACAUGGUGAGCAUGGACGAGGACUUCCUGGACUACCUGCACAGGUGCUCGGUCACGGUGGAGCUGCACCAGGCGCUUGGUCUGGACUGGAGAACCGUGGCAAAGGGACAACUGCGGCUGCAGCAGCUGACGGAGCGUGACGGGAAGGUUCACGGCAGCAUCCCACUGGUCGGAACAAACGAGGAGGUCCGCAGCUUUGGCUCCCUGGAUUACUGGAUCAGACUGAAGCUCCCCGUGAUGGAGACGGUCCAUCUGUACCGAGAGAAGCUGAAGGCUGCUGAGUUCAUCCAAUCUGACCUCCAUCCACACCCGCAGCCAUCAGACAGCAGCUGGAACCAUCUCUCCAUCACCAUCCAGCGCUGCUCAGACCUCCAGUCCAGAACCUCCCAGCAGCCCAGUCCUUACGUCUUCUACAAGUUCUUCAACUUCCCCGACUACCCCACCUCCACCGUCAACGAUCACUGCAACCCCGAGUUCAAUGACCUCAAGUCCUACUCAGUCCCGAUGGACUUGGAUCUGGACCAGUACCUGAGGUCUGCAGUGCUUCAGUUCUACGUGUUCGACUACAAAGAGGAGCAGAGCGACACAUACCUGGGGAAGGCCCGAGUACCACUGCUGCCUCUGACUCAAGACCAGGUGGUCUCUGGUGUGUUUGAGCUGGUUGAUCCUUCAGGACUCCCCGCCGGCUGCAUUGAAGUAACGCUGAGGUGGAAGUCGACCUACCUGCCUCCACCAAGCGUCAUCACAGCUGCUGAAGAGCCCAGAGUUAUUCCAGAGGAGGAGGAGGAACAGCAGAGCACGGAGGAAGCAAAGACAGACCCAGAACCGAAGGACGUCUCGCUGCAGGGCAAGAAGGAAGACAGAAGUCUUGUUGACCGCAACAUUCGCUCUGCUGCUGCUGCCAAGGAGAAACCACCCAGACUCAGAGGACAGAAGACUCAGGAGAAGGACGGAUCAGCUGCCAAACGAGUCACAUUUAUGGACACCACACCUGCAGAUGACCCGUCUGUCGUGCGCAGCUCCGCCAAAAGUUCUCCAGACAAACCGAAUGCAACGUUCCCUCCUGCUGUCAAGGUCAUGUCCAGACCUCCUCAGAGAGCCACAGAAGAGGAGGAUGAUGAAGAGUCUCAUGUCUCUGAGGGACAGGUGGUUCAGAGCGGUCAGUCCUUCUCCGAUGACUCCGACAUCUCUGAGGAAAUCAUUGAAGAUGUUCAGGUGGCUCCGGCAGCUGCAGACCUUCAGAAAGAGUCACAUCAGUCAGACAGCGAUGACUGCAUCGUUCAGGGACCAUCUGCAAGGAGGAAGUUGUUGGAACGGCUGCGGGUGGAAGUCGUGUCUCUGAGCCUGACGCCGCAGUCUCGGCUUGCGCGGGACGACAGCGUGGUCCGACUGUUUGUGGAGUACAACUUCUUGGAUCUGCCCACAGAGGAGACCCCCCUGUCCCUGCCCAAACCCCUCCAGGGCCGGAGCAUCAACUACAACUACAGCAAAGUGAUUCCUGUAGAUGCUGAGAACAACGCGGCGAGGCGGCGGCUGCUGAGAGACGUCCUGCAGGGUCGAAACCCUCAGAUGGAGAGAGUCCAGUUCACGGUGGUCAGCGAGCCGCCGGAGGAGGAGGAGCAAGAGAGGGAGUGUGAGGAUGUGGGCGUGGCCUACCUGAGAAUACCUGAGAUCCUGGAGAGACGAGAGGAGCUGACAGAGGAGAGGCUGAGGGUGUUGGGCGUGGAGGACAGCAGCGAGGUGGUGGGCAGCCUCACCGUGUCUGUGGAAGGACUGGAGGUUCUGCGGGCCAUUGUGGAGGACCAGGAUCUGGAGUGAACCUGGAUCUUCCUCCUUCACAUCCCCUGGUGAAGAUCUGAGUCUGGUUUCAGUCUGAGGGAAGAUUCUGGAUGUGUUUGUGGUUCUGUGGGCUUGUUUCGUGGCUGAUCGUUUCUGAAUGAACCUGCAAAGGAGAACAUUGUGAAGAUUCUUCUGGAACUAGUUGUAAAGGAUUCAAAGUGUCAACGUGGGUUUGACAUUUAUCUCCAGCUGGAUUUAG